GUAAGUCUUAACGUUAAAUUAGAAAGGUCGUUGUCGUUGUACGUAAGAAAGUACCGGAUAACAAUUUGUACAUCCGGAUGGCAUGGUCAUGCCACCGCGACACACAAGAAUUGCGCCGAUCAUGGAAGAAGAGUCGUGGGACAUUGUGCGAGACCUGCACUUCCUGAUCGCAUCAGACGACCAGCUCCAGGACGAUCUAGCACAUGUAUGUGAUCUGUUGAAUGCCGUGGACGACGAUGGCAGGUCUUCGGAGGACAUUGUGGACAAGACGACAUCUGACGAGAGCGACAAUUCGUCGUCGACACCAACCCAACCACUUCAUCAAAAGAAUCCCCGACAACAACAGCAGGGCGAGGUCCUGUUGACAGGUAAACGACCUCCAAAGCGCAAGGCAGGACCUGUACGCUUUGAGACGCGUCAGAAGGAUGAAAUCCUCCAGUUACAAGCUCAAGUGAUCGAACUCAAGGCCCAGUUGGUCAAAAGCCAGUCAAAACACAGCCUCAUGUCCACCUCCGUUAGUGUGUCGGCAUGGGAGCGGGCGGCGCGGCGCGAGCUCGCCGAGAAGAACAAAUCGCUUCGGGAGAACGAGCAGCUGCAGAGCGCCGUGACGGAGCAGGCCACGUUCAUCGAGCACAUGCAGAACAUCUUUGCCAAAAAGCCGCGGUUGGCGACCAUGGGCGGCGACGCGGUGUCCUUGGAUACGUGGCAGGAAUACAAGCUGGCGGCGCAAGCGUCCCUUCGCGAAGCCGCCAUCCACGCUAUCGCAGACCGCCAAUUCACCCGACAGCAAAACGCGUUCAUCCUUGCCGGUCUCUUUGAACGCACCGACGUGCUGUUCCACGCUGGCCCACGGACCCUCCCCGACGGCAGCCACGUGCUCGAGUACAUCUACCACAUGACCCUUCCCGCGCCUUAUGGCGUCGUUGGGAAUGCAUGUUGGCAAGUGUACAACGGCGAACGACCGCCCACCAUGGCCGACAACGCCGAGCGGACCACGGAGUCGGUGGACGCCCGCACGGUAUACGUCAAGUACACGGAAACCUUGGCCAGUGGCGAUGUGAACCACGUGAAUGUCAUCCACAAGCACUAUAUCGAGCCCGACCGGCAUGUGAUUGUGUGGCGCGCGGUGCUAGAAGACGCACUGCGGCCUGCCAUGGCCACGGGAAACGUGCAAAAUGAAUGGGGAUGGUACAUAUAUGUACUACUCGAGAUACUAGUACUAGUCAAAAAGAGUUGGCUAAUCCGCCGCCGCCGCCGCCGUAGGAUUGUGGUCGCGCCCGUGCCGGAAGACCCGACCCAGUGCCGCUUGGCGUUGUUGGGUCAAGUGCCCCAUGACGUGGGUAGUCCUGUCAAGGUCUGUCCGUGUGCAGGCGAGGAAUUGAUGGACAACAUCACGUCAUUCGUGCAGAAUCUGUCGUUGGGGGAUGCGUCCUCGUUGGUGUUGCCAUCUCUGGACGACCAACAUGCAGAUGCCGACGUGAACUUUAUGAAUCGCGGCAAGCGGCUCGAACUCGCGCUUCAAGUGUCCGUCAAGGAUGCCGUGGCCACGUAUCGCGCACAGUUGGCCACCGUGGCGGGGGCGCUGUGAAGGAUGCAAUGUUGUAUUCGGGAGCCUGGACGACGUCGUACUGUACAGAAUGCAAGAUGAUAAACACUAGGGCAAUAAUUAGCGUUGUGUAUGUCGACUUGAUAUGGCACCACGACGGGCUGUGGCCGUCCCAACUCGCACUUGUUUCCUCGAUAGCACGGGAUGCCGAUUCAUGAACCGGUAGAACCAGCCUUUGGUCAGCGAAGCCGACUUGCCUUGGAUCCUUGCGAGGAUUGCAUUCGCCUUGUUUAGGAUUUGUGUCUGUCCAACAGCACGACCAUCCCUUUCCAUGUCGGCAAUCCAUGUAACCAGGUCGUGUUCGAUCGACAUUGGCAAGGUCGGCCUCGGACCCAUGCGCUUGGGAGGAACGGCGGAGUCGCCGACGUUUUUGGCUUGCUUCACAUGAGCGCGCAAGGUUCGAGUGGGUAUGCCGUAACGCUUUGCAAUGUUCAGGGAAGUGUCGGCCUUCUUCAGAACGUCCUUGACUGCGCUUGCCAUGUCGGUGACCGAGUAUGUCGUCUUCGGCGGCAUGCGGCCAAUUCUGUAGCUAUCCCUGUAGGAAUUGAUUUAUUUCCGUCCAUUAAUGCGUUCUCAG